CGGAUUAGAGGCCAAUGGAAACUUUCCCAGAGUUCCUCCGAGCUCUCGGGGACCAACGGAGGGGCAGCAUUGGGGCGGAGGUUGCUACGGUUCAGUGAGGGCGUGGCCGUGCAUCGGGACGUGCGGGACCCCAUCCCAUCCCCAAGGGCGGCAUCUCCCUAGUAAAGAGUGUGGGCGGUGGCUCCCAGCGGGCUCCUUCACCAGUGUCUCGUGGGCGCGGAGCUGCCAUCCAGUAGGCCGGGAUCGGAGCUCUUCACUAGUGCGGGUACCUCACUGACCCCCUUCCCUGGAGGAAGUCAGAUCCCGGGCUGCCCCGAUACGACGCAGAGUGAGAGCAGGCCCCGACGGGCGCCAGGCGGCACGACGGGCGCGGGGCGGCCAGGCGGUGGGUUUGACAACAGCUAACCCACUAUCCAGUGGUUUGCCCCAAAAUGAAACCCACAUGGGCGGCAGCUUCCCUAAAUGCCGCGCUUCCAGGAACACUGCUUUGCCCACACCUGGAGCACAUGUUACCAGCGACCUGCGAAGCGAGUUUGCAGGUGCACUAAACCACCCAGCCUAGGGAAGCUCGGUCUCUCCCCGGCUCCACCCCUGAGUGGGGUCCAGAGUGAGAAACGGACACCCGGGUGGCGUACAGUACGCCCACCCCAGGGCAGGUCAGGGGACUCUUGACACCUCGUCUGGCCCCGGUGACCAUGGCGGCACCCGGGGACCCGAGGCGGCUCUUCAGGCUGGUGCAAGAAGGCCGGCUGUGCAUCCUGCGGGAGGAACUGCAGAGACUUGGGGGCGCUGGCUGCCCCGGACUGGCGGGCGACACCUUGCUGCACUGCGCCGCCCGCCACGGGCGUCGGGACAUUCUUGCCUGUCUGGCUGAGGACUGGGACUUGGACAUCGAGUCGGCCAACCGAGACUACAAGCGGCCUCUACACGAAGCUGCCUCCAUGGGCCACCGGGACUGCGUGCGGUACCUGCUGUGCGGGGGAGCCAUGGUCGACUGCCUGAAGAGGGGUGACUGGACCCCUUUGAUGAUGGCUUGCACAAGGAAGAAUCUUGGGGUGAUCCAGGACCUUGUGGAACAUGGUGCAAAUCCACUUCUGAAGAACAAAGAUGGCUGGAACAGCUUCCACAUUGCCUGCCGAGAAGGUGACCCUCAAAUCCUCCAGUAUUUGCUCACCGUUUGCCCAGAUUCCUGGAAGACAGAGAGCAAAAUUGGCAGAACUCCUCUGCACACGGCAGCAAUGCAUGGCUGUUUAGAAGCAGUAAAGGUGCUUCUUCAGAGGUGUCAGUAUGAACCAGACUGCAGAGACAAGUGUGGCCUCACACCCUUUAUGGAUGCAAUUCAGUGUGGAUACAUCAACAUAGCCAGGCUGCUCCUUGAAAAACAUAAGGCUUGCAUUUCUGCUGAGGAUUCCCUGGGGGCCCAGGCUAUACACAGGGCAGCAGUCACUGGGCAGAAUGAAGCCAUCCGAUUCUUGGUCUCUGAACUUGGCAUUGAUGUAGACGUGAGAGCAACAUCAACCCACCUCACAGCACUUCAUUAUGCAGCUAAGGAAGGACACGUGAGCACAGUUCAGAUGCUCGUAUCCUUGGGUGCUGACAUCAACUGUAAAGAUGAAAGAAAUCGAUCAGCCCUGCACCUGGCCUGCGCAGGUCAGCACGUGGCCUGUGUCGAGCUUCUUCUGCGGUCUGGGCUGAGGGACUCUGCAGACAUCACAGGCACCCUGGCUCAGCAGCUCACACGGAAUGCAGACAUCCUUCGGUGCUUCAGCCACAGUGUGACAGCAUGAAGCUGUUUCUAAACAAAGGCAAUAAACUCAUGGUAACUUCUAUCCUGCUGCUUAGUCUUUACCAGUUUCAGUGAAAUCUCUGCCCUCCCUCUCCUACACUCUCCACUGCAUCUGAAAUGUGCAGAAGAUGUGGACAUUGGCUGCCUAGCUGGGGACAGGCACACUUAGAAUCUCUCCUUACCUGCAUUUCAUCAUGGCCUUCAAGUAGAUUAGGUGUUUGUGAAGUCAGUGUCUGGGCUCCUUAGAGAAGCAUGUAAUGUGCAUGAAUAUAAUAUAGUAUACAUACUUUUAUAUAUGUAUGUUUGUGUAUGUGAAAUGUUUUAUAGUAAAUAUUAUAUGGUUAGGCAAUAAUAACAUUAAAAAUAUAACAGAUUACUAUUAGCUUGAACCAUAAAUAAUUGGCCUAUUUACUUUUUUUCAUAGUCAUUUUCUUGGUUGUUACAAUGGUUUUAGUUGUAGCCAGGAAAGAAGUGCUUAUAAUCUGUUUUAUUUACACAGACAUUUGCAAGGAAUUAAUGAAAACAUUUCUGUAUUCUAGGCACUGCUAGUUAAGCUAUGCUUUGAUCUUGAGGUUAUUAUUUUUUUUAUUAGACAAGUUCUAUAUUUAGUCCCUUAGGAUAAUAAAUACACCUAAAAAUGCAUCUAAGGUAUUUUCAGAACUUUUCUAUUACCUCAGUGAGGAAUGGAGUUUGUUGUUGAAGUCUGCAGGGCGCAUCUGUCCCAUGCCACCUGCUGCUGAAGCCUGUGACUGUGAAGGAAUGAACACUUGAUGUCGUACCUUCUAAAAAAUUUGUAGCAGUUUAAACAUAUUAAAAAUAGGAUGAGUCCUCAGGCA